UUUAUCCCACAUUACUCAACCAAACAGGAGAUGAAAGAUGACUUUGAUCACUACACCAACACCUACCUAAUCUAUUCUAAGAAGCCCCAAAACUGUCAAGAAUUCCUUGGUAGGUCAGAUGUCAUCAACUGGAAACAACAUUUACAGAUCCAAAGUUCACAGUCCAGCCUGAAUGAGGCAAUACAAAAUCUUGCAGUUAUUAAACGGGUCCAGGCCGAGCUGACACAAUGCAUUCUCUAUAUGGAGUCCAAGACGACAAGAAGACUUCUCCUUUCCCUGCCACAGACAAACAAUUUCCCUCUAAAAGCUGGCAAAAUCAAAACUCUGAACAUGUUUAAAUUCUCAUCCCUCAGUGUAAUCCAUGCUGCCCUGGUGAAUCAGUUCUGGCAUUUCGGUGGCAAUGAGAAGAGCCAGAGAUUCAUUGAACGCUGUAUCCAGAACUUCCCCAGCUUAUGUCUGCUGGGGCCUGAGAGGAACUCUGUGUGCUGGGGUGUCAUGGACCAGACAGGAGAGAUUCGGAUGGGAGCCACCAUACCUGAGUACCGAGGCCAGGGUCUCAUAUCACAUAUCCUGUUUGCCUAUUUUCAGGCUCUGGAAAAACUCAGAUUUCCUAUAUAUCUCAAUACAGACAGAGCCAACAAAACCAUUCAGAAAGCCAGUGAAAAUAUGCUCUGUAUCCCCAUGCCAUGUGACUGGAACCAGUGAAAAUGUGUGCCUCUGUGAAGUAGCCCUGAACAUAAGACAGUGUUGGGUGGGCUAGUCAUAUAACAAAAGGAACAUAAAGGUGGAAGGAAAGAAAAAAUAAAUGAUGACCUUCAUUAAAGCAGUUCAUUUUAUUUGGGCUCUUGGGAAGUAGUUUGUAUUGUCUACAUUACUGAUGUUGUCCCUGUUCACAAGUCACUAACAGAUUUCCCUUUGGGUCCAGCAGACCUGGCACAUGCAGUCCUGGCAUGUGCAGACCUUCCUGUAGUGAACACUGGUCUUUUUCUCUUUCCUACACUUCUGGAUCUCAGUGAUACUCUUCAUUCAGCUUCAUGCUGCCCUAAUACUUCUCCGGAACUCUUAUGUCACAUAUGGUUUGUUGCCAAUAAGUAUAUUUUACCUGUUUUGAAAGAUGUGGUAUUAUAGGUAGUGUAAUUUAUACCACGUCCUUUCAUUACCCUCUGGUUUUCUCAACUCAGUUCUAUUGAGGUAUAAUUGACAAAGUAUAUAUUGUGUGUGUGUGCAAUGUGAUAAUUUGAUGUACAUGUAUAUUGUGAAAGAAUUCCCACAAUCAAGUUAAUUAACAGAUCCGUCACCUAACAUACUUAUUUUUUUUAAAUUUUAGAUUUUAUUUGUUUAUUUUUAGAGGGGAAGGAAGGGAGAAAGAGAGGGAGAGAAACAUCAAUAUGUGGUUACAUCUCACACACCCCCACCUGGCCUGCAACCUGGGCAUGUGCCCUGACUGGGAAUCGAACCAUGACCCUUUGGUUUGCAGGCCCCAGUGCUCAAUCCACUGAGCCACACCAACCAGGGCCAUACUUACUUUUUUUCUACAAAAAUUCUUAUGACUUACAGCAUGGCUAUUGUGAUUUCUGGAUCAUAUGUCAUCUGUGUUAGAAAAUUUCUAUGCUGCAAUACAAUAUUAUCAACUGCAGUCACCAUGUUCUAAAUCCUCAGAACUUAUGUUAUGACUGAAAGUGAUACCUUUAACAAAACUUCUAUUUUCACCUCAUCCUUACCCUGACAAUCACCUUCUACUUUGUUUCCAUGAGUUUGACUUUUCUUUUUUAGAUUCCACAUAUAAGUGACACCUUGGAGCACUUGUGUUUCUCUGUGUGGCUUAUUUCAUUGCUUUACCAAUAUCUUUUACUACAUAUAGUGAUUAAGGAAAAUAUGCAUAGUUAACAAAGAAUACCUUCAACCCACUAUUCUAGUUGUGCCAUUUAUUUAUUUUUGCAUCAGCAUAUUUAUCAUUAUUUAGACUGUGUCCUGGGACCCAGAGGUAGAGAAUGCAGUGCCAUGUUGUAUACAAUACAAAAACAAUUUAACAUCUUGAUAUUCAGAAACAAUAUGCAUGCAGUAAGAAAAUUGUACAAUUGUUAUUUUAUAUAGACAAACUAGUUCAAAAUUUAAGGUGAAUGAGCAUAAAUCUACAAAAUCAUAUAUAACCUCUGAAAUUUUACCACACAUAACAUUUAUAUUCUAUAUAAUAAAUUAAAAUGAUCAAUAUUGCAUAUAACUUUUGCUAAAUGGAUGAGGAAAAAAUGACAUGUUACUGACUUGUUUCAAGUUGUAGUAUGAACAUGAAUUAGGCAAGACUACUCUGGGUAGUGAGCGCUAUUACCAAGAGAAUUGUCUGUUGUGUGUGAGGAGGAUUUUAAUAGCAGCCAUUACUCUUAUAUCAAAUUCUAGGAUGUUUUAUACAAUUUAAUGAUAGAUAUAAUAUAUUGAAUGCAACCCUCCUACUAACACUGUAUGGUAUGCACUAAUGUUUUGUGCAGUUCCAGAAGUUUCAAGUUUCAAAAAUAUUCAGGAAGAUGACUUUACAUUGAAUUUUCUCUUGUAGCACAAUCCACCAUUCUAAAACUUCAGAAAGUAAGAAGAAAGGAUUUUGCAUUGUUGUCAUAUAUAGGUGUAAAUUAAUAAAUACUUGUCUUCCUCAAAAAGGAAUUUGAGGAAGGACAGUGCAUUCAUUUCAGAAUAGAAUAGUGUGUUAAUUUAUUAACACAUCAAGAAAACUAAACAACAAAAUUCUCACAUCUCUCAUGACUUGGUGUAACACAGGUAUGAGUACCAGAGAAGAUAGACACUGGGGAUGUACAAUGGUAGAGAAAAACACAGAAUACUCUAAGCCAAAGCAUCAAGGAAAAAGCAAGAUGACCUAAAAUUCUGCUGGCCUAAGCACUUCUUUGUGGCAUUUGUGAUUAUCAUUACAACAUUGAAAUUUUCUGAAUACUGAAAACACAAAACAGUGUAGAUUCCAGUGAUAAAUUAUAUUAGCAGUUUAUCUUUAUCUAAAAAUGGCUUGAGCCCUGGCUGAUGUAGCUCAGUGGAUUUUGUGGGGGCUGAGCACCAAAGGGUCACCAGUUUGAUUCCCAAUCAGAGCACAUGCCAGGGUUGAGGGCCAGGUCCCCAGUGGCAGGCCACGUGAGAGGCAACCACACAUUGAUGUUUCUCUCCCUCUCUUUCUCCUUCCCUCCCCCUCUCUUUAAAAAUAAAUAAAUAAAAUCUUUAAAAAAUAAAAAUGGCUUGAGAGGAGUUUUAAAAGAGCAGCAGAGGUAGCGGAUCUUCUUGCACCUAGUCACAGAAUCGAACUGGAAAUAAAACUAAGGUGAGGAACAAUCACCCUGAAUUACCAACUAAGGCCAGCUGAAGUAAAGACUUGUAAACAAGUACUGGUAGAAGAAAUCACUGUGAGACUGUACCUGUACAGCAGCUUACCUGCCAUGGCCAGGUUUGAGCCUCACAGUCAGCCAGCCUGAGGGUUGAGCCUACCUUCCUUGGAUAGGCCAAAAGCAAUUAAAACUAAUAACAACAGGAGGGUCCUCAUAACCCCCACAAGGCACAUUCUUAGAGCACCCAGCCUAGGAGAUCAAGGAGGUGAAAACAAUGGGUCCCAGAGGACAUACACUACAUGAUGCUACCCCACAAAGACUGUAAGUCACAGAGGUUUUACCAAACACAUAGAAACAAACACAAAAAGACACCCAAAAUGGGGAGACAAAGAAACCUCAAAUGAAAGAACAGUAAAAAUCUCCAGGAAAAAAAAAGAGAUAAAUGAAACGAGGCAAGCAAUUUAUCAGAAUCGGAGUUCAAAGUAAUUGUUUUAAGGAUGCUCAACUACAUGAAAAAGGAUGUAGAACCCAUGAAAAAACAACCAUUCGGAAAUCAUGAAUAAACAUAUCUGAAAUAAAGCAUACACUAGAAGCUGUAAACAGUAGUCUGGAUGAAGCAGAGGAUCAAACCAAACAUAUGGUUUGGAUUUCAUCAGACCAGGUUAAAAAACAAUCAGAGCAACAAAAAGAAAAGAGAAUUUAAAAAACAAGGAUAAUUUAAAGGAACUUCAGGACAAUAUGAAAUGUAAGAACAUUUGCAUUAUUAGGGUACCAGAAGGAAAAAAAGCUAGAAAGGGCUAGAGAAGCUGAUUGAAGGAAUAAUUACAGAAAUGUCCCUAUCCUGGUGAAGGAAAAAGUCACACAAGUUCAGGAAACACAGUGACUCCCAAUCAAGAUGAACCCAAAGAUACCCACAACAAAACACACUGUAAUUAAAAUGGAAGAUAUUAAAGAUAAAGAGAGAAUCUUAAAGGCAGCAAAAGAGAGAGAAAGUUAAUAACCUGCAAGAGGCUUCCCUUUGCCUUUCAGCGCCUGGCUUAUUUUACUUAGUAUAAUGCUCUCUUGUAGGAGACCGGGUUGUUUUGAUCAGGCAAAUGUGACUCAGCUCUGUAUAGAAAACCUACAGAAAUGAGGUGGUGGGCAGAAGCCAGACCUUCAAACCGAGUUUUCCCAUGGGACUCAGGCCUAGAAAAUGCACAGAGAUUAUUAUGGCUUGCUGUUGCUAAAACUCCAUCACCCUGGUCUAAAACAAUAAAUGUGUAUUGUCUAUCUUCAAGGUAAUAUCCAAAGCCUGUGAGUUUUCCCAAGGACGGAACCAAUCAGCUCACUGCCUUUCCCUUCUGCACAUUAUUUCCAUUUCCUUGAUUGUACCUAAAAUGUAGACAAUAAUAUUCUAAUGUAUAUUAGGAUAUUAAAGAAAGAUAAAUCCUUCUUUGAUGUAAGA